UACGUUUUUGCCUUAAGUGACCUGCAGAGUUCAUGCAAAGUAAACUGUUCCAAAACAGGCAGCGUCUGAGCGCUGUGAAGCAAGCAUGAUAAGAGGCAUCUGUGCAUUUGUCCUGUUUCCCGUCCUUGGUGUCUCACUAAGUGUGGAAAUGACUGGGUUAUAUGGCAGCUUUGCUACCCCUGAAUUCCCCCAGCCAUACCAUGACAACCAGCACAUCGUGUGGAACAUAACCGCCCCUUACGGCCACCGGAUCAAGCUCUACUUCACCCACUUCAGCUUGGAGCCCUCCAAUCAGUGUGAAUACGACCACAUCCAGGUUUUGGUUGAAGGGAAUGAAACUCUGCGGUUCUGUGGCGACGAGGAGAAGAACCACGAAAGCACCCCCAGGAACACCGUCAUCAUGUCAGCCGGGAACGUCAUGUCAGUGGUCUUUAGGAGUGACUACUCUAACGAAGGUCGAUUCACCGGCUUCCAAGCAUUUUACACCUCAGAAGAUAUCAAUGAGUGCCUAUCCAAGGUAGAUGGCGAGCGAGUGUGUGAUCAUUUCUGCCACAAUUGCAUUGGCGGCUAUUACUGCACGUGCAAGCAGGGAUACCUUCUCCAUGACAACAAGAGAUCCUGCACAGUGCCCUGCAAAAGCCAGGUGUUGACGUCAGCAUCUGGAGUUCUGACUAGUCCUUUUUACCCAAACCCCUACCCACCCAUGAGCCAGUGUGACCACACCAUCAGUCUGCCAGGGGGCUCCAGAAUCAUCCUGGGUUUCCUGGAACCUUUUGAUGUAGAGGGACACCCUGAUGUCCCCUGUCCGUAUGAUAUGUUAAAGAUUUCAACAACUGGACAAGAGUAUGGACCGUUCUGUGGCUCAGCACCACCAGACUCCAUAGAUACUGGAAGUUACCAAGUGCAUGUGGCGUUCAGGUCUGACUCUAGUGGGAAAAACAAGGGAUGGAAGAUCAAAUACACCAGUACCAAAGCUGAAUCUCUCGCAUAAACUGAAGGCUUGUUGCCCAGACCAUAUUUUCUUCUCCAAGGUUUCAGUUUUUUGCUAAAUAUUGCUGUUGAUAUUCAUAACAGCUUUGAGUUUACGUUAUUUCCUUUUGCACCAGUACAUUGAAAUUUAAAUGCAGCCAUGCCAAAGCAUCAUGUACCGCUGAACUUUUUUUUUUUUUAUGUUACAACCACAAACUGCAAUAUAUUUCUUUAAGAAUUUAUGUGAUAGUCCAACAAAACGUUAGGUUUCUCAGAAUGUUGAGUUUGUCAUGCAUUUGUAUUCAACCCUGUUUAAUCGGGUAGUCCGGAAUAAGAACCUUAAAAAGUCACAUUGUCAGUAAAUAAAGUCCCCCUGUGUGUAUUGUAA